GUUCCAAAAAAGCAACCAAAUUUAUCAAGGGGUUGGAGCAACUUCCCUAUGAAGAAAGUUGGACAGCGUUUGGGGCUUUCCUGUUUGGAAAAAAGGCAGGAAAGAAGGACAUGAAGAAAGGUGUAUCAAAUCUGAGAAAUUUGACAAAGAAAUAUUUUUCUCCCUCUGGAAACACUAGAAACUGGUAGUCAUCCAAUAGAGAGAGAGGAGAAGUGAAAGGGCACCCUGAUUUGUGGUUUUGAGGUAAGACUAUUGGAGAACUCCAUUAGAAGUGGAAAGAGGAGUAGAAAUUCCAUGUUUGGAGGUCAGGAAUGGAAAUCAUGCAAGCAAACACAAGUGGUAUUUGCUACCGCUGCUUUUUUAAGUCCACAAAUGUUAUGUAAAUAAUUGUGUGUCAUUGUCUGCAUUGAAAAUACAUUCCACUGAAAUGCAUUGAAAUUGAUUACACAAUUAUUAACUAUGCCAGCUUUGGCCAUAGCCAAUUGUGAGGCUAGCAGACUACUUUUAGAGGAAACAAACCGCAGUGAAACGGAACUGUGCUGAUAGUGGUGAACACCCGAUGCGAUGAGAAUAGCUGCUCCUCCUCACAUCCCUAGUUGCAGGAAUGAAUUGACACAAGCUGCCUUCUGCAGAGUCAUGCCAUUGGUCCAUCCAACUCAGUAUUGUCCACCCUAACUGAAAAUGACUCUCCAAGACCUCCCACAGACCUUCACCCCAUCUCUUUGCUGCUAGAGGUUCCUAAACUGGAGAAGACAGGACAGAACAAGGUUCAUACCUGUGUAAAGCACAUGCCCCUCCACUAAGGCCUCAUCUGAGCUUUACAUUUAAGGCAUCAUUGUACCACUUUAAACUAUCAUGGCUUCCUCAAAGAAUCUUGGGAACUGUAGUUUGCUUAGGAUGCUGAAAGUUGCUAGGGGCUUCCUGUUCCCUUCAGGCAGCUAGCUCCAUUUCCCAGAGUUUCCUGCGAAGAUGGAUUGAUUGCUAAACCAUUUCAGGAACUGAAGCUCUGGGAGAAUGGGCAUCAACACCUUUCAGCACCUACAGUAGUAUAAUUGGUAUAAUUGGGUGGAAGCCGUGACGGUUCAAAGUGGCAUGAUAUUGCUUUUAAUGCAUAGUGCAUAUGGGGCCUGAGUGAUGUUCUCCUCCCACUGGAGGAGGAGAGGUAUCUGUAAUGACAGGCAAGUCUAUUUCUGGCUUCAUUGCACAUAGUGAUCUCAUGGGGCAAUAUAAUAUUAAAUAAUAAAAUUUUAUUUAUAUCCCGCCCUCCCCAGCCAAAGCCGGGCUCAGAGCCUCUUGCUUCUCUGUCCUGCCCCUCCCCUUUCAUCUAGGCAGGUAGCCCUAGGCCAGGCUUCCUCAACCUCAGCCCUCCAGAUGUUUUGAGACUACAGUUCCCAUCAUCCCUGACCACUGGUCCUGCUAGCUAGGGAUCAUGGGAGUUGUAGGCCAAAAACAUCUGGAGGGCUGAGCUUGAGGAAGCCUGCCCUAAACCAUUGGGGACCAGUGCCUUGGUUUGUUUCCUCACAGGGGCAGGGGGAAAGGAAUGUGAACCAGUGCUGCAUGCAUUUGCUCUGCGUUGAGGUUAUGUAGAAUUAUUUCCCCCUGUAUUAAUGAUUAUGAUGGUGCUUUUGAAGACCAGUUGCUGGCAAUCCCAAGUGGGAGACCUACUGUUUCAUGCAUGUCCUGCCUGUUGGCUUUGCUUUAGGAUCAUCUGGUUGGCCAUGGGGGGGGGCAGGAUUCCAGACUGGAUAGGUUUGCCCCAACAAGGCUCUUCUUAUGUCCAUAGUGGCUGUAUAGAACCUUCAGGAUCAGAGGUGGUAUAUCUCUAAAUACUGCUUGCUGUGAAUCAUAAGUGGGGAAAAUGCUCCUUCAGUCUUGCUUUUGUACUUCCCAGAGCCAUCAAGUUGGUCAUUUUGUAAAGAACAUGUUGGGUUAGAUAAGCCUCUAGCCAGUCUGAUCUAGAGGGAUGCGGAUGGCGCUGUGGGUUAAACCACAGAGCCUAGGACUUGCCGAUCAUAAGGUUGGCGGUUCAAAUCCCCAUGACGGGGUGAGCUCCCGUUGCUCGGUCCCUGCUCCUGCCAACCUAGCAGUUCGAAAGCACGUCAAAGUGCAAGUAGAUAAAUAGGUACCGCUCUGGCGGGAAGGUAAACGGCGUUUCCAUGCGCUGCUCUGGUUCACCAGAAGCGGCUUAGUUAUGCUGGCCACAUGACCCGGAAGCUGUACGCCGGCUCCCUCAGCCAAUAACGCGAGAUGAGCGCCGCAACCCCAGAGUCAGCCACAACUGGACCUAAUGGUCACUGGUCCCUUUACCUUUAGCCUGAUCUAGCUGGAGGGAUUUUUCUUAAAUGAAUAAUUACUCACUAAUUUCUCUUUAAGUGGGCUGUCUCCGGACUGUCAGCAUUUCUGUGAGCGGAAUUCAAGCAUAUCCAGGAAAAUUUAGGUUUUGCUAAAUUUGUUGCAUAUUUAGCAGAUUACUUGCACUGCGGAAAGAGUGCUGGGGAGACCAUACGUUCAGGAAACAACAAAGAAAAGCAAAAAUAACUUUUGCUUGGCUUUAAUUACAAAAACAAAAACUCCUCUUACAUUAAAUUACAUUACAUCUAUAAGUAUGACCCAUCCAUCAACCCAUUCACCAGGGUACUGAGAGAGGUACAUGCUGCUCUUUACAUACUGUACCCAACUGCUGACACAGCUUAAUUAACACAACUUAACAGCACCUGCUAUACUGCUUUACAGCUCUAAAACUAGGUCAUAAUAUUUGCUCUGGCCUUUAAAGAGAUACACAUCUUGUGAAACAAUAAUGAACCUUAAUAUUUUAAUAACAAUAAUAAUAAUAAUAAUAAUAAUAAUAAUAAUAAUAAUAAUUUAUUAUUUGUACCCCGCCCAUCUGGCUGGGUUUCCCCAGCCACUCUGGGCGGCUUCCAUAGAAACCAAAAAUACAGUAAAAUAUCACAGAUUAAAAACUUCCCUGAACAGGGCUGCCUUAAGAUGUCUUCUAAAUGUCAGGUAGUUGUUUAUCUCUUUGACAUCUGGUGGGAGGGUGUUCCACAGGGCGGGCGCCACUACCGAGAAGGCCCUCUGCCUGGUUCCCUGUAGCUUUGCUUCUCGCAAUGAGGGAACCGCCAGAAGGCCCUCGGCGCUGAAGCUCAGCAUCCAGGCAGAAUGAUGGGGGUGGAGACGCUCCUUCAGGUAUACUGGGCCGAGGCCGUUUAGGGCUUUAAAGGUCAACACCAGCACUUUGAAUUGUGCUCGGAAACGUACUGGGAGCCAAUGUAGGUCUUUCAAGACCGGUGUUAUGUGGUCUCGGCGGCCACCCCCAGUCACCAGUCUAGCUGCCGCAUCCUGCCAUAUCCUAGCACAACAAAUCUGCACUUAAAAAUAAACAGAGUUUUGUGGUUAAGAAAGUGACUGGAAAUGUGUUGAAAAUAUGAAUAAGAUGAAGACUUGCAUAAACAGCCUGUGAGGAACUUGGGGCGAUCGCCUACUGUUUUAUAACCACCCCACAAACAAAUCAGAAUGAAUGUUCAAUAAUACCUUGCCUUCUGCCACAUAUGAUUGUCUUAAUCACAGCACAUUCAUGGUUCUGUGAUUCUUCCUCACUGUUCCUGCAUUAUUGCCAUCUAAAAGGCCUUUGCCCACCCCACAAAUAUUUGUGGUUUGAAAAGCUACUGGAAUUUAGCAGGACACGCAUCUUUUGCAAAUGAAGUAGUGUGGGAGCCCCAAAACUUUUGUAGGUACAAAUGUUAUUGAAUGCAUGAUCUUGUGCAACCACCACGAUAACAUCAUGAGCAUAAACCUUGCCGAAUGUGCAAUAAAAAGGAUGUUGGGAGAGGCUCAUAAUCUAAACUGUAUUUUAAUACUUUGUUGGAAGCUGCCCAGAGUGGCUGGGGAAACCCAGCCAGAUGGGCGGGGUAUAAAUAAUAAAUUAUUAUUAUUAUUAUUAUUAUUAUUAUUUACUCCAUGUAAGCCUUGGGCAAGCCAAUAUUGGCAAACGAUCAAUAUAUAAGUCCUAUGGAGAAGCCCCAGUUAUGUAAAAGCAAGCUACAGUCAUACCUUGGAAGUCAAACGGAAUCUGUUCCAGACAUCUGUUCGACUUCCAAAGUGUUCAAAAACCAAAACACGGCUUCUGAUUGGCUGCAGGAAGUUCCUGCAGCCAAUCGGAAGCUGUGGAAACCCCAUCGGAUGUUCGGCUUCCAAAAGAACAUUCAAAAACCAGAGCAGCCACUUCCGGGUUUCGAUCGUUCGGGAGACAAAAUGUUCAAGAACUAGGUUGUCUCUAUAUGUGGGGCUCUCAGGUCCUGCCUGUGGGGUUCCUGCUGGGAUGUUGUUUGACCACUGUGAGAACAGGGCAUACUGGACUAGACGGGCCACUGACCUGAUCCAGCAGAGCUCUUUGUAAUGUUCUUACAUUCAGGUUUAGAUUCAUCAACCUACAUACUGAGGAAGGGCUGCAGCUCCCAGGCUUAUCCUUUCACUGCACAUUUCUUAAACCUUUACCAUAUAUUUGCACUGUGGUAGUGCUCCUGUUGUGACCCACCUUGUAUCAUGCCAUAGCCAGUGAUGCUGAAGACCAGUGAUGUUGACAAUACUGAGCUAGAUGGAGCACUGGAUGUAGCUGCGGCAAAGCAUCUGCUCUCCAUAUAGAAGGUCCCUUCUUCCAUCCUAGGACCUUCCCUGGUAUUGACAAUCUCCAUUGUCAAGUUGCUACAUAAGCAUGCAUAGAUUAACUUAGAGAUUGCUGGCAUGAAGAAACAAUUGCAUCACACACAGGUGAUUUAGCUCAGGUGCAAGGCUACAUAGUGCGUUCAGGACAGAUGCAAGGUCCAAACCACAGGCUUCUUGAGCUGCAGCUUGUUCUCAGUUGCAUCAGCACUGCAAAUGAGUUGCAUCGUCCAACAACCAUGUCAUUAGGAUCCCACAAGAGUCUUUGAUUUUUUGCUACAUUGUAUGUUGGUGUAGGGGGUGGGAGGAAGAGAGAGCAUUUCCUUACUGGCAGGCCUGCUUUUUGUACAAUGACCCCCUGCUCUGGAACAGAUAAUGAUGGGGUACCCAGACAUCGUGGAAGUCAGAUGCCUGAGGCUGCACACCCUAGACCAGCCACUGGUCCUGCUUGCUAUGAAUGAUGGGAGUUGUAGUCAAAAAACAUCCGGGGACCCAAGCAUUGGCUGCUCUAGGGGAGGGAUAGAAAACCUGCGACUCUCCAGAUGUUGGACUCCAACUCCCAUCAGACUCCAGAUGGAAAUCUUGGAGGCAGCCUCUGCCAGUCACUGUAGCUAGAUGAACCAUUGGUCACAUUUGGUACAAAGCAACUUCCUAUGUGUCAUUUCAGAAAUACUUUAUGGAACCACCACAAUAGUUUCAAAGAUGUUCACACUGGGUAAUCUGACAUUGGUGAUGUCCUGAUUUUGCACCUGAUCUCCUUGGUAGAAACCUAUGUGUAUGUUGCCUCUCUCCCUAAUUCUGUGAAAUAUUAGCUUCCACCCCUUACCUUGCCUUUGCUGUAUCACUUGCAGACAAACCACCAGAAAUGGAGCAACAAAAAAAGACCGUCUCGAUCCCCAUGAUGCCCCUGGCACAGCAGCCGGAACCAUUUGCACCAGGCUAUUCAUCACCAUACCCACAACAGUCAUCAUAUAAUCCGGAACCUUACGCCCAGGAACCCUAUGCACCAGAUCCAUUCUGGCCAGAACCUUCUACUUCAUCAGGUAGACAGCCAUAAAUGCACAAGUGGCAAAUGUUAUAGGAUGCACAGAAACACACUCACAAGUGGGGAGCUUUAGUCCAAACUAAAUUAGGAAGGUUGGCCACUUGCCAGCCCCACGUUCAAUACUACUAACAGAAGCUAUGACCCACACUCUAUCCCAGGCACUAGAUGGGUUAUUCCCUUGUACGCAACUCCAGCAGCCAAGCUGGCGCCAAAUGUAUUGCUCUGCUUUCCUAUGGACUACAUCAGUGAGGCUGAGCAGGGGAGGUGACUUCACUGAAGGUGCAUUCAUUGUCUCUCGAGACAGAUGCCAACAAGAACAGAUGGGUUAUAUUGCAAUUAUUUAGCAGGGCUCUUCGUACGUUCUCAGCUGAAGCUGCCUGGGAAAUCCUAUGCAACUAAAGGUUCUUCUGCUUGUUUUUUCUUUUUCUUUUGGUGCAGGUGGCUAUGACUAUGGAAAAAGCGGUGAUGGCUACGACUGUCCAUCUCCACCACCAUAUUCAUGUCAAGAUGUCCCUUGUGAUCAAGUAGGACCAAGUAUGUGUUAGAAACCUGUAAUUGGAUUACUGCAAUGUGCUGUGUGUGGGGAUUUCCAUGUGCUUGAUCCGGAAACUGCAGUUAGUGCAAAAUGCUGCAGCACAGUUGCUGACCAGAUCAAGACCCCAUCAGAAUAUAACACUCCUGGCUCAGUCAUCUGCACUGGCUGCCAUUUUUUUACUGAGCCAGAUUCAAGGUGUUAGUAUAUAUUUUUUAAAAAAACCUGUAACUGCUUGAGAUCAGUUAACUUGAAGGCUCACCUUGUGCCAUAUAUGCCCACUCAACCAUUAUAACCUGUGGAGCUGGGAUUUCCUUUUAAAGCAUCACUUGUAGGAAAUUGAGCUUUGGCAGCUGGAACUCUCUGCCCAUUGGCAUUAGGCAGGUACCAUCACUGUCCUCUUUUCAGUAACAGCUUAAAACCUGGGUAGGCAAACCUACCCAGACCGGUGUGUUGACAUUUAUAUUGUUGUUUUAAUGACCUUCUGCCCAGAGGUGAGUAACUGCUGGUCUGUGGGCAAUAUAGGGCUCCACACCCACCCCACAGCUUCUUUCCCUUGCCAAAGCCUCUACCCAGCACCACGUUUAGACUUGAAAACAUCCACAUCAAAUGGGUGCCAAUAGGAGGGUUUUUUGAAGUUAUUAUUUUUCUCCAAGCAAAUCAAGGUAGCAUAAACUGUCCCCCAACCAUCCUCGUUAUAUCCUCACACCCACCCAGUGAAGUAGGUUUGGCUGAGAGACAGUAACUGGCCCAGUGAGCUUGAUGUGAAGGAAAGAAUUAAACCCUUCUAGCCCAACAACUCUGAGUGGCUGCUAUAUCACAAAUGCCGUGGGGAGGUAUUCUCGAUGGAUGGGCUGCAGCUGGGAAGUGAUAGUGGAACAAAGGUAAAUGCUCAGACAGAACAAUUUCAUUUUUGCAACUCCUAGUUGAAAUGGACUCUGGUCCUCCGGUGGUGGUUGCGGGAAUCUUCUCAAGCAAGCCAGCGUCCACCAUCUGCCCUUGCUGCCGCCAGAUCAUUACGACGGAGGUCGUCUAUCGUGUGGGAACUCUGACAUACAUAGCUUGCAGUGCUGUGUGUGUGAUGGGGUGAGUGCUUUUUCUAUACAAAGAGAUGUACGUAAGCAGAAUGUAAUUCCGUAAUUAAAGCCAGUGCUAGAUGAAAUGUGAAUGUCCUCUUGCCCUGCAGAGAAGCUUGCCUGGUGCCAGCAAAUAGGGGUGGGCAUGGGCAAACAACUGCAACACACUGGGAGUCCUUGCUUGUCCUCCUGGAAAGACCCUGCUCUUUUGACACUAGGCACAGUCUGUCUGGGAAUGCAGAUACAUAUUUCUCCCAUUGAAAGCAGGGAAGAGGCUGUCCCUCAUGGUCCAAAUAGAUGGAUGCUCUUGAAUGCUAAAGAAUACACUCCACAUUUGGCAUUUGGCAGUAUUUGGGAAAACAUAAGUAAUCUUGCUUGAAUUUGAAGCUUUGUGAGAUUUUGUUCCUUGCAAAAUGCAUGCACAUGCAACACACACAGAAGAGUGCCUCCUCCUUCAGAGGCAAGGCAGAUAUCAAAAAGGGGAGAUUAAAGUUUCUGUCUCUGUGUAAGACAGCAUCCUAACUUCCUAAAGGGAAGGACUACAGGUAAGGCACCUGCUUUGCAUGCAGAAGAUCUUAGGUUCAAUCCCAAGCAUCUCCCAAGUAGCACCACCUGAAAUUCUGGAAAGCCACUGCCAGUUAGUGUAGACAAUAUUAACAUGGAUUGACCAAUGGUUUGACUCAGAAGGCUGCUUCCUCUGUUCUUAAGAGGGCCUUUUCAGAUCCUAGUGAGUCUUGCCUGGUAUCCACCUAGUUAUCUUGUAGGCACCAAGUCUUUUAAAGAGCAUUCGAUCGCUGAGAUUUUCUCUCGUGUUUUAUUAGUGUUACUGGGGUUAUAUUUUUAAAAUUGUCAAACUAUUGCAAACUGUCCUGAAAUCAAAUUUUUGAUGAAGGGAUAAAAACAAACCUCUUUAAAACUUUCUGCCCUCUCUCCCAGAGGCUGCAUGGGCUGCUGCCUCAUACCUUUCAUGACGAAUUGUUGCAAGGACGUAGACCAUUACUGCCCUAAAUGCAGGUACCACAUCUACCGAUACAAGAGACUAUAGACGCCUGGAAGAAAAGCCAUUUGAGGCCAACUCACAGGAAAUCAAGCUGGAAGAGAAUCUCCUUUCCUUCGGUGAAUUCAUGCAUUGACUCUUGGGACUGUUCCGGGCGCAGAAUUGCUCAGCAAUUUCCCACUCCUGCCAGC